GACGGCGUUUUGGUGGAGAACAUGCACGACGUCCCCUACGUAAGACCGCAAAAUCUCACGCCGGAUGUAGUCGCAAUGAUGACAAGAGUCUGUGUAGAAAUAAGAAAAGUAUUACCUGAAAACAUUCCCUGCGGUGUUCAGAUUUUAGCCGGAUGUAACGAGGAGGCGAUAGCCGUGGCGAAGGCGGCCGAUUUUCAGUUUGUAAGGGUGGAGGGUUUCGUGUUCUCGCACAUAGCCGACGAGGGUUUCACGGACGCCUGCGCCGGCUCUUUGCUACGGUACAGAAAGCGAAUCGACGCCGACGAUAUCCUCGUCUUCGCCGACGUUAAAAAGAAGCAUAGCUCGCACGCUCUCACUUCUGACGUUAACUUAUCGGCGACGGUUAAGGCAGCGAAAUUUUUCCUAGCUGAUGGAAUUGUACUAACAGGAACUGCCACGGGCGAGCCGACUAAUCUGAACGAGCUCAAAGAGGCGAGGAAAGCAACGGACGGACCUGUGCUCAUCGGUUCUGGUGUCACGAAAGAUAAUAUAGAGGAUUACUAUUCGUCCUCGAACGCGGUGAUCAUUGGCUCGCAUUUCAAAGUCAGCGGCAUGUGGCAAAACGAAGUUGACAGCAAACGAGUUCGGACGUUUAUGGAAAAAAUUGAAGAGCUACGAAAAUAUUCGAUGACGGAUUCGCCAGGCGUCGCGGGAGGAGAACCGCGGGAUCGAUAGGGGGUGCAUUUGGCCCCCGCGAUUCUACGGCCCUGGCAUCGCUUUAAAUGCCCCUUCCAGGGCGACGGUGUACUCCCACUGCUUCAGGUUUCUACCUCGGCUCUCGCCCCUCGGCAACGGCUUUACUGCCCAGCCAGCCAGCCAGCCAGUCGAAAUCAGCUGACGACUAUUACUGCGGGCAGUUGCUACCACGGCUCCUCAAACGCAACACUGUUCAGGCGAGUGGAUUACUCCUUUUUCUCUGUUUCUCUCUUCCUCUCUCUCUCUCUCUCUCUCUCUCUCUCUCUAUCUCUCUGUCGACGAUCACACUUGCUUUUACACACGGGGGCUUUUUCGUGGGUCGACGAAGUCGGUGUAACACCCGCCGGGGACGAUGCUUGUGAGAAGAACGCUCGGAACUGUGAGACGACGUUCCCAUCGUCGUCGUCGUCAUCCUUGCAUCUAUGCGUUUUGUCCGUACGCGAGUGAGUGAGAUGUCGAGGGUGAACCAGCCACGGUGCGCGAGGGAAAGAGAGAGAAAGUUGAGCCGAGUGCGAACGGAGCGAAGAGGGAUGUUCACCGCUGCCGCUGCUGCUGCUGCUGCUGCUGCUGCUGCUGGGCUCUCUCGUGUGUAUGCCUCCUCUGUGUACAUCUAUACAUAUGUACUAUGCGUGUGCGUGUGCGUGCGUGCGUGCGUGUCGGUGCACGCGUGGGCCAACUACGCUAUUACUGCAUCGAAGGAAAAUUACUCGAUAGCCCCACGCGUUUCUUACGGAACCGUGAGAACCGCGAAUUCGAGAUCAAGGUCGGGCCAGCCAAGUGUCGAACAGCUUUUUCGGACGCGUGACGUUCUUCGGAGAAAGAUCACGGUUACCGACCGAGCUCCUCCUCU